GAAACACUUGUUUCCGAUACGAAACAUUUAUAUAUAAAGGGCCAUAAUAUUGCGACAGAGCAUGUGGAUAAAAACUGUUUAGAAGCAAACAAGAAAAUACUGAAAAACAAGUUAAGGAACGCGAGGAAAUGCAAUAAAAUGUGUAAACAUACAGUGCUAAUAGUGAUUCUGAUCUCUUUAUUGAAUAUAUCGAAAGGAUGCAAACCUGUUAAAGAGAAUAAUAAAUUUCCAAACACCAAUGUUUAUGUGAAAUUGAAGAAGACGGCAGACAAGUUACAAUAUGAAAUAUUAAAAGACUCAAAGAGUUUGCAGAUGGUUACAUUUGACAACUUCCUAACAAGCAAUGAUCUACAGCUAACACCUAAAGGAACAUUGCAGGUCACUGAUGGAACCAACAGUAUAGAAUUCGAUCUAGUACUAUCCACAAAUUCCAUAACUCAUAUUCGUGUUAUACGCAACAAUGUACCCACCAAUACGCAGCCGAUGGACUGUGUGGAUUUGAAUAUUUCAAAUCUUCAUUGGUAUGGAGGACCCGAGGAUCGUUAUCAGUACUGGCCUGUUGAGCGCUUGACUUUUGACAAUUAUACCUAUCUAACUAAGGAGGAUCACAACGCGGGCUUGGCCGAAAGAUAUUGGCUCAAUUCGAAGGGAACAUUUUUCUAUGUUGAAACGGAGACCCCUUUAUUAAUAACCCAAAAUACCAAGGGCCAUGAGAACCAAUUAUGCUUUUCCGCAAAGAAUGGCCUGCCCUAUAAUACACGAGUCAAUCCAAGGACGUUUGUAUAUCACAUAGGUAUUGCAGAAAACGCCAAGGUAGCCCAUAUGCAUGCUGUGAAAACUUUGCUGGGACAUCCUACAGGUCAUCCCGAUGAGCGUAUGGUUCAGUAUCCUAUUUGGUCCACAUGGGCCCUAUACAAAACAAAAAUUAAUGAGAGCAUAGUACGAGAACUUGCAUCUGCGAUCACUUCCAAUGGUUUUGAGAAUAGCCAACUUGAGAUUGAUGAUGAUUGGGAAGAUUGUUAUGGGGCAUUGACUUUCAAAAAGUCAAAGUUUCCUUCGAUGAAAUCAUUUGCCGAAGAAUUAAAAGAAAAAGGUUUUCGGGUAACCCUGUGGAUUCAUCCAUUUAUUAAUAAGGAUUGUGAGCCGCAUUACAGUGAAGCACUUUCCAAGGGCUACUUGGUUUUGGAUCAUAAUAAAAAUCCCGAUACUCAAUGGUGGAAUAGUAAGAAGGGUGAAGCCGCCUACGUCGAUUUUACAAAGACCGAAGCGCAAAACUGGUUUAAGCAGCGUUUACAACGUCUGCAAACAGAGGAUGGCAUUGAUAGUUUCAAGUUUGAUGCUGGCGAAACGAGUUGGGUUCCUAGCGAUCCCGUUUUAGCUGGUGACGCUGCUCUCUCCCCACAUCAAAUCACUGAAGAUUAUGUGCGAACUGUGGGCUCAUUGGGCCCAAUGGUAGAAGUACGCUCCGGCCAAGGUACCCAGGACAUGCCAAUUUUUGUGCGUAUGAUCGACAAAGAUUCGGAAUGGGGAUGGAAUAAUGGACUUUUAACUUUAAUCACCACUUUGUUACAAAUGAACAUGAACGGUUAUCCCUUUGUAUUGCCCGAUAUGAUUGGAGGAAAUGGCUAUAAUAACAAACCACCCAAUAAGGAAUUGUUCAUACGCUGGCUUCAGGCUAAUGUUUUUAUGCCCAGCUUACAGUUCUCAUAUGUCCCAUGGCAAUAUGACAACGAAACUAUUGAGAUAAGCAAAAAGAUUACAAAACUGCAUGCCGAUUACACGCCUCAGAUAAUGGAACGCUUUAAAUUGGCUACCAGAACGGGUGAACCGGUUAAUCCCCCUUUAUGGUGGGUAGAUCCGGAAGAUAUGGUUGCCCAGGGCAUCUUUGAUCAAUUCUUGUUGGGUGAUAGCAUAAUAGCUGCUCCUAUCGUCAAAGAAGGUGAAACUAAACGUGACAUUUACCUACCCAAAGGAACAUGGAGAGAUGGAAAUAGCAAGGAGUUGCAUACAGGGCCUAUAUGGAUCAUGGAUUAUUCAGCUCCAUUGGAUACAUUGCCAUAUUUUGAAAAAAUAAACUAAAAAGAUUAAAGGCAUCUCAAAACUAUAAUAAUACAAAUACUGCCUGAAAAAGGGAAGAUAGGAAGUUGCUCACCUAAAAUAAAAUGAGAAGUGUCCAACGAAUAUAUUUCUUGGUAAAUGAACGUUGGGUAUGAUGCAAAAUUUUCCAUGAA